AUGACUGCAAUCGAAACCCAACUCCAGGGUGUUUCCAUCCUCGGCGCCGUCAACAACGAGCAUCGCAAGAUCCUCACCAAGGAGGCCGUUGCCUUCCUUGCGCUCCUGCACCGCACAUUCAACAGCACCCGCAAGUCCCUGCUCGAACGACGAAUUGCCCGCCAGGCAGAGAUUGACCGCGGCCAUCUCCUCGAUUUCCUGCCAGAGACCAAACAUAUUCGCGAAAAUGAUUCCUGGAGAGGAGCACCCCCUGCUCCCGGGUUGGUGGAUCGUCGUGUUGAGAUCACCGGACCGACCGACAGGAAGAUGGUGGUGAAUGCUUUGAAUUCGGAGGUGUGGACUUAUAUGGCUGAUUUUGAGGACUCGUCGGCCCCUACGUGGGAGAACAUGAUCAACGGCCAGGUCAACCUCUACGACGCCAUUCGCCGUCAAGUCGACUUCAAGAUUGGAAACAAGGAAUACAAACUCCGCACAGACCGAACACUCCCAACCCUCAUCGCUCGUGCCCGUGGCUGGCAUUUGGAAGAGAAACACUUCACAGUCGACGGCGAGCCUAUCUCCGGCUCUCUCUUUGACUUUGGUCUCUACUUCUUCCACAAUGCGCGCGAGCUCAUCGCCCGCGGCACCGGCCCUUACUUCUACCUCCCCAAGAUGGAGUCUCACUUGGAAGCUCGUCUGUGGAACGAUGUCUUCAACUUGGCACAGGACUACAUUGGUCUGCCACGCGGAACAAUCCGUGGUACCGUCUUGAUUGAGACCAUCACAGCUGCCUUUGAGAUGGAUGAAAUCAUCUACGAGCUUCGUGACCACAGCUCCGGUCUCAACUGUGGUCGUUGGGAUUAUAUUUUCAGCUUCAUUAAGAAGUUCCGCCAGAAUGCCAACUUUGUGCUUCCGGACCGUUCUGCGGUUACCAUGACUGUGCCGUUUAUGGAUGCAUAUGUCCGUCUCCUGAUCAAGACUUGCCAUCGCCGAGGCGUCCAUGCCAUGGGUGGUAUGGCCGCACAGAUUCCUAUCAAGGAUGACCCUCAGGCCAACGAUGUCGCUAUGGAGAAUGUCCGCAAAGAUAAGCUCCGUGAAGUCCGUGCUGGCCACGAUGGUACCUGGGUUGCUCACCCUGCCUUGGCCGCUAUUGCCUCUGAAGUUUUCAACAAGCACAUGCCUACUCCUAACCAGUUGUUCAACCGUCGCGAAGAUGUCCACGUCACCGCCAAUGAUCUGUUGAACACCAACGUUCCAGGCUCCAUCACCGAAGAAGGAAUCCGGAAGAAUCUCAACAUUGGCCUUGGUUACAUGGAGGGCUGGCUUCGAGGCGUCGGCUGUAUCCCCAUCAACUAUCUUAUGGAAGAUGCCGCCACCGCAGAAGUCUCCCGCAGUCAACUCUGGCAAUGGGUCCGCCACAACGUCACCACCGCCGAGGGCAAACGCAUCGACAAGGCGUAUGCUCUUCGUCUGCUCCAAGAACAAGCCGAGUCACUUGCCUCCAACGCACCCAAGGGCAACAAGUUCCAGCUCGCGGCUAGAUAUUUCGCGACUCAGGUCACCGGUGAAGACUAUGCGGAUUUCCUAACGUCGCUGCUCUAUAACGAGAUUUCGUCGCCGGGUAAUGCUGCUAAGCUUUGA